CCCGAGACAUGGAACCCCUCGAGGCCGAAACGACAGACCAACCAGCUACAGUACCUGUUGAAGGUGCUGCUGAAGACACUGUGGAAACAUCAAUUCUCAUGGCCCUUCCAGGCUCCCGUAGAUGCCAUCAAACUCGGCCUGCCUGAUUACUAUCAGAUCAUCAAGGUUCCUAUGGACAUGGGGACCAUCAAGAAGAGACUGGAGAACAGCUACUAUUGGAACGCCCAGGAAUGUAUACAGGACUUCAACACCAUGUUCACCAACUGUUACAUCUACAACAAGCCUGGUGAUGACAUAGUGUUGAUGGCAGAGUCUCUGGAGAAGAUGUUUCUUCAGAAGAUCUCUGAGAUGCCCCAAGAGGAGACUGAGAUCCCCAUGGUUACCAGGGGGCGGAGGGCGGGGCAGAGAGAAGCAGGUCUCCUGUCUAAGUCUGACUCCGGCCAGGACUCAUCUCCCUCCUCCACCCCCCACACCCGAGGUUUCUCCUCCCCGUCGCCGGGCCCUCAGACUCGGGGUCUCCCCGUAUCCCAGGGGCCCCCCACCCUCCCCCUCGCCCUCCCCCUCAGACCCAGCCCCCUCGCGUUCCCCCCACCCCUCCCUCCCACGCCCCCCAGCUGGGACCACCCUUCCCAAUCAGCCCUCUGGAUGUCCUGGCCCAGGGCCUCACCUCCGUACCCCACCACCCCCCAGCCCACCCAGGCCUUCACCCUGCUGCCCCAACCAUUCCCCAGAGCAUCGCACCCCCAGCUAAGGUGAGGAG